AUGUUUGAACACGUUAGAACACGACCUCCCGAACAAGUAACCAGCUGCAAGGUGGAUAAUGUGACGUCACACUCAGCUGGGAUCACCUGUUUCGCCGGAUUUGACGGAGGUCUUCCUCAGCGUUUCCUUCUGCAGGUGUGGGAAGUGAACACGUCCAUGCUGGUGCUGAACAUUUCGUCGGCGAGUCCAGUGUUCAACGCCAGACCGCUGGAACCCGACCACACUUACAGCGCUUCGGUCGUGGCGAUGAACAGCCGCGGCCUCAGCCCUCCCAGUAGGCUGCUGAUCCUCACGCUCAAGGAGGCGGAGAUGCAUAAAAGUCUCCCUUCUAUGGUUGAGCCCGCCCCUCUAGUCGUGGUGAUGGGCGUGGGUGCGGGCGUUCUGUUGGUGGUGGGCGUGCUGGUGCUGACCGUCUGGUGUGUCAAGGAGAGGACUUCCCACGCCCACGGAAGCCCGACAGUCACCCAGGUCGUCUUGAAUGACAACAAUCCUGACCUUCUGAGCGUGGAGGCCGCGGACGAGACGAAGGGCAUCCUGGGCAACGGGUCCGUGAUGGUGACCUCGUACCACACGAAGGACCACAGCCCGGCCGUCAGCACGACCAUCCACUCGAGGGAGCACCAGCAAGGGGGCCACCAAAGACUCUUGCUGUAGAUCUCUGAUAUUCAAGAUACAUGCUGACACAGAGCGCCACGAGAACGGUCAACACAGGAGAAGGCUCAAGACGGAGAAAAGGAAAUCAGGUACCUUCUGAGACGCCAAUAUGACCAACUCUUGAAGGCGGGUACAGUUUUGGAACAAAAGAGCCUCACGAUCCGAGUCAGUUCUGAAGGAACACAUUGAGAUGACUGGCAAGAGUGAACAAAGUGAACAGGAACACUUUUUACUUGAAUAAAUGAUAACAGUGAAAAUAAAAGUGGGUUUCAAGAAGAAAAAAAAAGUUACAGGUUUGACCUCUGAAAGGUGACGGGGUUAUCAGCCAAGGGUUGUAGGCCAGAGACGAGAGGAAAGUUCUUGAAUAGAGGCAAGGGAUAAGGUGUUACGGUGACAAACGCGUCUUGAAGCGGGCGAAGAUCCCGUCGGAAUGAACAUGGAGAAGAACAAAAUCGCGAGGAGAACAUAUGCCUAACAGACCGGUUGGUGGAGGAAACCUGAAACGCGAAAGAGGUUUUUCCCGCGGGCCAAAAUAUUCAUUGGUAAGUCUCUGAUUCGCAAUUUGCUUUUUUCUUUCAUUAUUUCUUUAUAUUAACGAUUGCGCACCUGCUUCAGAUUUCGAGUUUUUACUCUAGCAAGAAAACAAACAUUAUUCAGUAACAUUCUUUCGUAAUCGACACCAUUCGAGUUUUUGUGUUUGUUUGUUUGUUUUUCCUCGAAAGUUUAAGUUUCUAUUGUAUGACAUAUGCUUUUGUUUUUGUACGGUGAACCUGUUAUGUUUGACUUAAGUUUCUAUUGUAUGACAUAUGCUUUUGUUUUUGUACGGUGAACUUGUUAUGUUUGACUUAGUACUGUGGGAAUCAUAUUUAAGGCUUUUGUUCUGGUCGAGUCCUUCUCUUUGUUCCCUGUGUUCUUUGUUCAGUUGAACUUGUCUUUUUAUGUUUUGUUUUACCCAUCCUUUUUUCUUUUGUUUGGGAAUUUUAUAGCUGAUACACAC